UGCUGCUCAAAGGAACCCGUACUCUCUCAAACCGUUCAUCCGUCCUUCUGUUACUAAAUGAUACCAAAACCCUUGUUAACAAUUCAUAACCAAAACGUUUAAUUUUGCGGCGUGAUGAACACAAGUAUGCAAUCUCUAUCUCUAGGCGCUUGCAAAUUCCAAUUCCUGGGUUUUAGCAGUUACCGUAAGCCCAAUUAUUGCUACCCUCGCGUUUCCUGCAGUGGAGAUAGAAAGUUUGAUAGUAAAGUGAAGGGGAAGGAAAAUGUGUGGAGCAUUGAUAACAAUGAAAUGGCAAAGAAGGAGAAGGAAAGAGAGAAGCCGAGGAGAAGGAUGAGAAAAAGAGGUGGUGGAAAGAGGAUCAGGAGAAAUGUUACUAGGAAAAGUAGUAAAGGUGAUAGAGUUAUGAUGUCUGCUGCUAUGUUAAUGGAUGUCCAAACUGUUUUACAGACUCAGGAACCUGUUAUCCUACCUUCGUGGAAUACAUUUGUUAGUAGUGUCAGUGGGAUAUGGAAGGGAGUUGGAGCUGUUUUUUCUCCCAUCACGGCAGAGAUAGAACCUAUUGAGAUUGGCAACAAGAAUGAACACCUCUUUGACUGCUAUACUCUUUCUCGUAUUGAGGUCGAGCCAUCUCCUUCUGUCAGUCAAAGAUCUCUAAUCCGAAGGAAAAUAAAUUGGGUAACAGUGAAUCCACAUGGUGAAGUUCCAGAACUGAAUGGGGGUGACGACAGAAGCUUAGAGAAGCCCACAGAUGCAGCAUCGUCAUUCCAUAUGCUUGAAUCACCUGAUAGAAAAUCAAGAAAUUUGCCAAAGUUUGAAUCUUUUGACUUUGGAAAGACUGAUAUUAUGGAGGAAGACAUUAUGGGAAUGGAACCUGGUCUUGUUUUCUUUGAGGAUGGAUCUUAUUCCAGAGGCCCAGUUGAUAUCCCAGUUGGUGAAUCUGAUGAGUCUAAAUAUUACCUGUCACCAACUUUUAAGUUUGAGCAAUGUCUGGUAAAAGGUUGUCACAAGAGACUCCGCGUGGUGCACACAAUAGAGUUCAGUAAUGGGGGUUCAGACAUCCAAAUAUUGAGGGUUGCUGUAUAUGAAGAGCAGUGGGUUAGUACUGCUAAUCUAGCUGACCAAAGUGACAUGGAGCUGGACGUGAAGCCCUUUUCUCAAAGACGAAGAGUCCAACCAUCAGAGCUGACUGGAUCCUGGAAAGUGUUUGAGAUGAGUGCAACACCUAUCUACAGUGAGGACAACACAAUGGAAGGAAUUGACGGCGUGCCCUACGUUUACCUAUGCACCGAAAACCUGAAGAAGAGAAGCCUUCCAGAAAAUCCAGUAUACUUUGGAGAAGAAGAAAUGUUAGACAUGCAGGAUGCAACUGUUCUUUGGCUGCCAGGAGGCGUUACGAGUUAUGUUGAUGUGAACAAAGAUGGCACAUUAUGUAUAGGAGUCGGGUGGUAUUCAAACGAAGGAGUGAACCUUGUUAUGGAAAGAGAUUAUGAAACGGAUGGCAAACUUAAAGAGGUUCGAUGGAAGUCUGAGAUGAAGAGAAGAUGGUCUAAUCCACCACCCAUGUAAAUUCUCUUUACCCCCUUUUCUUUCUUUUCUUUUUAAUAAGAGUCAUGACCCAGUUUUGAAUCCAUGUUGACAUAAAUGGAAUUCAAGUUCUAUGCAUUCACAUGGUCAGUCUCCCUCAAAAUAAUUGAUUAGUAGUCCAUUUGACAUUUCCAA